ACGACUAGCACUUCAUCGUCCCUCAACCACCUUGAAAAAAACUGUUGAAAUUUUCGUUAUCUGAUUCUCAUUUCACUCCAACAAAUUCAAACACAUUUAAUUUUAUACGGCCGGACACCUUGGACGGUACUUUGACCAAGGAAAAUUAAAAGAAAAGAUGGACCGGAACUGCCCCAAAUUGUAAAUUGAAUAGCAACUUCGUUGUCAACGCCUUUUUCCAGUUGAAUUUGCCCUUUUUUUUUUUUGUCAAUUUGGAGUAGCCCACCUGUUGGUACAAAGCUGCAGUAAAAUCCAGAGAAUAGCGAAUAUAUACCGGUGAAUGUUCAUGUAAUUGGGCUAAAAUUUCAGUAGAAAGCCCAAUAUUAGAGAAUUCAUUUCUGUCAGUCUGUUUGAUGCCUCCAUGCGACUAUUUUCCGACAUGUACAGCUGUUUGCGGCGGCGCCUGAGGGCCACAAACGGAGACGACGCCGCGGACGAUGGCACAGAAGAAUCUUGCGACUUGUUUUUCAGUCUCCAGAAGCUGCAAAUUGCCACCAAUUUCUUCUCCGAAAUGAACCGGCUGGGCCAAGGUGGCUUUGGGCCCGUCUACAAGGGACUGAUGCCUAAUGGUCAAGAAGUAGCCGUGAAGAAGCUGUCCUUCAAUUCUGGACAAGGGCUGAAAGAAUUCAAGAAUGAGGUCAAACUAUUAUUGAGAAUUCAACACAGGAACUUAGUCACAUUGCUCGGAUGUUGCGUGGAAGGACCUGAAAAGAUGCUUGUGUAUGAGUAUUUGCCUAACAAGAGUCUCGACUACUUCCUUUUUGAUAAAAAGAAGUCUCAGCUUCUGGAUUGGAAGAAACGAUUAGAAAUAGUUAAUGGUAUUGCAAGAGGCCUUCUCUAUCUGCAUCAAGAAGCGCCUGAAAGGAUUAUUCAUAGAGACAUUAAAGCCAGUAAUAUAUUGCUAGAUGAGCAGUUGAAUCCAAAAAUCUCGGAUUUUGGUCUCGCAAGGUUGUUUCCUGGGGAUGACACACAUUUAAACACAUUUAAGGUUUCCGGCACUCAUGGUUAUAUGGCUCCUGAGUACGUAAUUCAUGGAUAUUUGUCUGUGAAGACAGAUGUCUUUAGCUUCGGCAUUUUGGUCUUGGAAAUUGUCGGUGGGAGAAAAAAUUAUGACAGGUUGCUUGAUGCUGAAAAGGCCAACCUCUUAAAUUAUACAUGGACACUUUUCAAGGCGGGGAAGUCGGAGGAACUAGUUAGAGGAAGCCUCGAUAAAUACAAUCCCGAAGAAGCUGCAAUGUGCAUUCAAUUAGGAUUGUUAUGCUGUCAAGCUAGUGUUGCAGAUAGGCCAGAUAUGAACUCUGUUCAUCUCAUGCUAUCAAGCGAUUCGUUCACUUUACCUAGACCUACGAAGCCCGCGAUCCAUGGCCAAGUAGGCAGGUACAAUACGGCCUCAUCUGCUCCUUUUACUAACAAUACAAACAGUAGCACCAACCAAACUGGCGUUACUAAGGACUCCAUAGGUACUAGUUUUGUUGAGGAUUACUCUAGAAAUUCGAUCUCCUAUUCAUCAGUGGAGGAAGGUAGAUGACUUUGUAAGUAUAUUAUUGAGUUAUAUAGUAUGUCUUGAUGAAUAUACAGUCCAGUCUUCUUUGAUA